GAAAUAAAAUUAAAAUUAUCAUGAAUAUGAAUGAACUGAGACAACAUAUAUACAGACGUUAUUCCCAAUAGUGAACAUUAUUCGAAGUGAAUCUAUACUGACUUCAUAAAAUCAUUACAUAAGAAAUUGUCUGCCGAAGAUUUUUAAAUCAUUGAAAAUGAAACGAUUUUUGAUAUUAUUUAUUUUGGGUUUAUUGACAAUUGAUUACACAAAUGGGUGCAGAUGUGUUUUCACUCCACUUCAAGAUUCGUUUUGCAAUUCUGACUUUGUUAUUAAAAUAAAAGUUACGGAUACAGGAAAAACACAAGAAUCAAUAAAAAAUAUAUACCACAUUGAUAUACUAGAAACUUACAGAGCAAAUCCUGAAGCAGUAGAAGCACUUAAACUUAAAUAUUUUCUUACUAAUCCAGACGGAGCAUCGUGUGGUCUUCCACUUAAUCGUGACCAAGUUGCUGUUGUUGGAGGACACAUAAUUGAUGGAAAGCCGAGUAUUGGUCUCUGUAAUUUGAAUAUAGAAAAUCCUCAAGAAAUUGACGCUGAGUCUGUUAAUCUUCGUGAAAAUUUUUCUAAAAAUUGUGCUACAGCAUCUACAAUACUUCAAACAAAUCUACGCAGGUCAAAGUGAAUCUCAGAGUUGACAAGGCUUUUUUUUUAAGAGAUCUACGAAAAUUUGUGGAAAUUCGCGAAAAUCAUCGGAGAUCUCCGCCGACUUCAGUAGCCCUAAUAAGAAAAAUUGAUUUAUAUAACUUAUCGAAUUGCGUAGAUCUAAAUUAUUUUUUCUCGGGAUAUACUAUUGACCUACCGACUGUAGAAGAAAACCAUCUAAUGAUACGAUACCAGAAGCGCUAAAUUCUAUUUUCUGGUGAAGAAGGUCACGUGAAAAUCUUACUAGCUGUGAUUUAAAAGAUGAAAAAAGCUAGCAAUUGAAUUAACGAAAUAAAUUAACUAAAAAAAAAUUCACCUUACACUUUUUUGAAUUUUUCUAUCCAUGGUACAUCGAUCCAAUAGUAAAUUGACAGUUUGCGCUGUUUUUUCAUUCUAAUAAAGAGAAAAUAAUUAAUUUAUCGACAAUUCAAAUAACGUCAUAAAAGAAAUGUAAUCUAUUACUUGUUCAAUAGCUUUCGUUACAUUUGCUGUCAUAACUAUGAAUCCAAAAAUCAUAAUCAAAUGAAAAGUACCAACGCUUGGAUAAUGUACUAUAAUUUCAUCUUUAAAUUCAGGAAUUAAUGACAAAAUAACGAAGUACAAGAAAAGAACACUCGAAGUUACAAAAUAAAUAAUUAUGAUUAAUAUGGGGAAUCCAUAAAAAUUCGAAACCUCACUGCAAAUUUCACCCAAUUUCUGAUGAACCCUCGCCAUAUUAUCAAUAUCACAUUCAAUCAGUCCCCGCAGAGGUACUUUUGUAACGAACAGUGUUUGUAAUUCAAUGUCAGUGUUUAUAUUUCCCAAUUUCAAAAUGAUUAACUGAAUAGUUUCAAAUUUUUUAAUAAUAACAUCUAGCAGCAACGAGUACUGCAUCAAUACCCAGCUAUUUAUCAAAACAGGAACGAAUCUUAUUGGUACUAAUAUCAGUUGAUAACCAUAAACAAGAAAUAUUAUCAAACAACUUGUCAUAAAAAAAUUACUAAAUAAUAUUAAGUAAAUAAUGUAAUUAUUCUUAAACUCAUAAAAUUUACGUUUACGUAAUAUUAUAUCUACACUUAUUAAUUUUUUUACAAUAUUUAUAAUUUUUUUUUGACGGAUAGCGUAGAUAAUCCAUAUUAAACCUGUAGUUACUGUUCCUAAAAUAUUGAGAUUUUUUACAGCUGCUGUAGUUACAAUAGAUUUGAGAUUUCUUUCAGGUAUCAGUUUAUUAAAAGACCAUAUGACAUAUGAAAAAAAUACAAAUAUUAACGUUAUGUUGUACAGCGUUCCGUAAAUAGAAGUCUGGAGUUUAAAAUCAUUAUUUUUAGUACGUAAAUUACUAUUAUGAUUCAAAUUUAAUAAUCCACUUCCUGCCCAUGGUGACAACCCGACAAUUUUGAAAAUAUUAUAUUGAAUUAUCACUACAAUAUGAUGAUAUAAUGAGUUGUAAUGAUGAUUAAAUUUCAUAUAAUGAUUAGUAAAAAAAAUUUGUUUCAAUUCAUUGCGAUUCAUUAUAUUCAAAAAAUUUUGAAUUUUCAGGUUAUAUCGU